CUGAGCAACAGCUCUCCAAUGUGACUGGCCAAGACUAGUAGGCUUUCAGCCUCCGAGCGGACAGCAACACGAAAUUCCUCCCUCCGAAGGGAUGCGCGCGUACGGUGAAAAUUAAGAGUUUUUUCAGUGUGGUGUUUAGACAGACCCAUGUACAUACAGUGUUACAGGUGCGCACAGACAUAUACACAUACAUAAAUAUAUAUAUAUAAUAUAACAUAUGGUAUGUAUGUAAGCGUAAAUGUGUUCGCGCGUGAAAAAUUCAGUGUAUAAACUCGUGCAGUAAAUACUUUGUGUGAAAAAUAGAAAAAAAAAAGAAAAAAUAAAAUUGAGAAAAAAGUUUACAAAUUUUGCAAAUUAAAUACAGUAAAUAUUUAAAGUGCAGUGAAUGGAAAAUGCGCCAGUGGCAAAAGCAAAUAUGAAAAUUUACAAAACAAAAAAUAAAUUUUUACGUGCGAAAAGUGUGUGUGAGCAGCCUUACUGUAAUUAGAGCGGAAAUUCUGGUGAAACUUGUUGGGGUCGUGUAAAGAAAACUUUGAACUUUGUAAAAAAAAAAAAUAAAAAUAAUUUAAAAAAAUUUAAAUAAUUUAAAAAAAUUUCAAUAUUAAAGAAAUAGUGAAAAUUUACAGGAAAAUUAUGAAAAAUUACAUGAUGAAAUGGUGAAAAAUUAAAAAAAAAAUAUUAAACCAAAAAAUACACAAAAUAUUAAUAAAAUUACAAAAAAAAUAUUAAAAAAUAUUAUUAAAAAUUAUCGAAAGAAAAGGUAAAAAAAAUUACCGAAAUUAAAAAUAUUGUUUAAAAUUUUAAAAUUGUAUGAAAAAAUCUGAGUUAAGGCUCAACAAAAUCAAGUGUAUGUGCUGCAGUGUUAAAGUGUUUGCAAAAAAAUCCUAAGUUUUGUCGGCGAAGCAGCAGUGUUUUGGAGCGAAAAAUACAGGAAAAAAGAAUCAUCUCUAACUGUCAGUUCAGAACACUGGAACGGCAACUCUCAGUAACUUCAAGCGACAGAUCAUUACUACUGAAACCAUAUAAAAACAAAUAACUGUCGUCGUAUCCCAACAAGAUUUAUACGAAUACUUUCAAAGUCACUGUAAAAUCAACCCAAAGAAGUUUUUAGACAAAAAAACGAGUAUUUAAAACUGAAGCAUAUUUAAUAACAUACCACAAAGUUUUCGAUUUCCGCGAAAGUUCACACGCAGCCACCUGCAGCGAGUUUUCCACUUACCAGAACACACGCUCCCCCCAACAACUCUCGCCUCACCGGAUAGCUGCUCGCAGUAAACACAUCAAGUGCAUACAAUGUUUCACAUCUCCGCAAAGGAGUCGAGACUAAGCAAUGCGAAUAAUAAUAAAACAACAGCAACAACAAAAGCAGCAGCAACCACAACAACAAUUACAGCAACACCACGAACGCAUGGCAGCAACUCUAGCGGCGACCGCAACGCAUGCCAAACCAUCGAUAUACGCAAGUUGGCAGCGACAGCCGCGCAAUUAGAGGCCGCCAGUAAUGGGCAGCGCAGCAGUGUCGUGGGAACAACCGAAGCAACAACAGCAGCAGCAGCAGCAGCGUCGACGUCGGUGGGAGCGACGCACACAGCUACAGCACAAAAUUGCAACAACAACGGCAACAGCAUACACAGAAGUGGCAGCAAGGGCAGCAACAGCAGUGGCGGCUAUGCAGCAGCAACACGAUCAAGGUUAAGAGCAGCAGAGGACAACACCAAAGCAACAAAAACACCAAAUAAUUUAGCAGCAACAACAACAGCAACAGCCAGCGAUAACAAGAAAACCACAGCAACACUACUUAAAAUGCAUUCCAACGCGACGCCGAACACGGAGCACGCAAACGCCGGCGGCAGCAGCAGCAGCAAUGCCAAUACCGGCGGCGCAGUAGUGCUCAAUAUUGGCAAUGCCGCGGAGUCGCUGCAGCGCCACGGCAGCGCGCGCAGCAAAUGCAGUACGGGCAGUGGCGGUGGCCAAGCGCGCGUCUCACGUGGCAGUGGGAGCGCACGCAGCCGCAGCAGCAAGCAGAGAAAAACUAGUUCCUCAAGUGCCAAAGGUGCUGGCGGUGACAGCACAACAAAAACUACAACAACAACAACUAACAACAAUCCUACUAGCAAUAAGUUAAGCGCCGGCAAUGCCGAGCGCGGCACGCCGCCGCCACCAUAUACAAGUCAGGCCGCCGCUAACGCGCGCAACUCGGUGCAACGCACGAGUAGUAAGCGCAGCACCACCAAAGCGGCUAAUCAACAGCAGCCGCAGCAGCAGUCGCAAAAUGGUGGCGCGUCCACACGCGCGACGCAGCAAAAUCUUGAUGCGCGCCAAUCGCAAUCGUCAUCGUCACGCGAACGUUCACGUUCACGUUCGCGGUCGCGUUCACAACAGCGUAGCGAUGAGGAGCGCGACGCCGUAGCAGUGAGCGCCGCGGCCAGGCAACGUCGGCGCCAUGGCAGUCGAAAUUCGUUGGCGAGCGUGGAGCGCAGCAAGAAGCGCGUUGACGAGGAGGCAGAUGAUGAUUCCUAUACGUCAUCGUCCGGCGUGAGCUGCAAUGGUUCGUGCAGUUCGGAUGAUGGCGACUCGAAUAGCACGACGUCGAGCGGUGAGCCGAAUUUACCAUAUCCGGGCUUUCCGGAGAUAUCUUUCCUCAUAUUGUCGCAGGACUCGAGGCUACGCAACUGGUGCUUGCGACUCAUCACCAAUCCAUGGUUCGAGCGUGUCUCCAUACUGGUGAUACUUUUCAACUGCGUCACACUGGGCAUGUAUCAGCCGUGCGAGGACGAAAAGUGCGUCAAGCUGCGCUGUCGUGUACUGCAGAUAUUUGACGACAUCAUUUUCGUUUUCUUCGCCAUCGAAAUGCUAAUCAAAACAAUAGCGAUGGGCUUACAUGGCAAAAACACCUAUAUGGCUGAUUCUUGGAAUCGAUUGGAUUUCUUUAUAGUUGUUGCUGGGCUCUUGGAAUACGUAACGAAUGUGGAAAAUCUGAACUUGACGGCGAUACGAACGAUACGAGUGUUGCGUCCAUUGCGGGCAAUUAAUCGCAUACCAAGUAUGCGCAUUUUGGUCAUGUUGCUGCUGGACACGCUGCCUAUGCUCGGCAAUGUGCUGCUGCUCUGUUUCUUCGUCUUCUUCAUUUUCGGCAUCAUUGGCGUGCAACUGUGGCGGGGCAUAUUGCGUCAACGUUGUUGGGUACCGGAAAUGCCAGUCAUACCAUUUCCGGACCUACCUAAAGAGUACAGAGUUCGAGUCCGUGUUAACUCUGUCUCCAACUACUACGAAUUCUCCAAGGAGCAGGACUACAUUUGCUCGAAGCCCGAGGACUCUGGCAUGCAUUUAUGCGCCAAUUUGCCACCCUAUCGUGUCGGCGACAUGAUUUGCACGGAACCCGCAUCCAAAUUUAGUGACAAUCUACCGACAAAUACCUCUUGCGUCAAUUGGAAUCAAUAUUACACGGAUUGUCGUAGGGUUGGUCAAAAUCCAUUUCAGGGGACAAUAUCGUUCGAUAAUAUUGGCAUGGCAUGGGUGGCGAUAUUUUUGGUCAUUUCACUCGAAGGCUGGACGGAUAUUAUGUAUUACGUACAAGAUGCUGACAGCUUUUGGGAUUGGAUCUAUUUCGUGCUGUUGAUUGUGAUUGGCUCCUUCUUCAUGAUCAACCUCUGCCUUGUCGUUAUUGCUACACAAUUUUCGGAGACGAAAAAACGCGAAAUGGAGCGCAUGCGACAGGAGCGCGCACGCUACACAUCCACCUCAACAUUGGCGUCCAGCACCAACAACUCAGAGCCGGCCACCUGCUAUGCAGAGAUUGUCAAAUAUAUAGCGCAUCUUUGGCGGCGUUUCAAGCGACGCAUGUUAAAGAAGUACAGAUUAUAUAAAUACCAGAAACAACAGCGCAACGAAGGUUUGCUGCCGAACGCCGACAAUUUGACAUUCUCACCGUCGCGCAUCAAAUGCCACCACCCGAAGUGCCCCAAGUAUGGCAAUCGCAAGCCGUCGAGUAUACAGGAUCAAAUGAUCACCGUCAUGGUGCCGCUGAAUUCCAACAAUAAUAAUGUAAGCAACAGCAGCAACAACAACAAUAAUGGUGGUGGAGGCAGCGCUGCUGCUGUGGCUAAUGGCACGCGCAGUCAUGCAACAACAACAGCAACCAACACAAUAUUAACGCCACCCACAGCAGCGGCAGCAGCGACAACAGCGGCGACGGCGGCGUCUUCUACACUGGCGCUGCCAAUGAGUGGCACAACGACACCGCUAAUAAAUGGCACUGCCAACACAGGUUUACCGCAUAGCAUCAAUAAUAACAAUGUAAGUGUGGUCGGCCAGCAACAAGCACAGUCGUCGCAGCAACAGCAACAACAUUCCUCUUCGGAGAAUUCUGUGCAAUCAUUGGAGCAUACAACACGCAAUUCCAACCUGAAGAAGUCUUCAAAUCACUUGACACCGGAUGUGGCCAAGCAACAAGCGCAGACGCUGGGGCAGGGUCAACAGCCGGCGGGACAGCAGAAAACGAUUUUACUGAAAUUUCCCUCCAAUGGUGAUUCGGAGCAAUUAAUUCUGCAGUUGGGAAACUUGGGCAAGAGCAAUCCGUGCACCUCGGGCUUCCUCAGUCCACCCACAUCGGCUAGCCGUCGUCCGUCGGUGAUGUUCAACGAGUAUGUGCUGCUGCAUACACCGCCUGCAAUUAGCGAACCGUUAACAAUACCAAGCACAACAACAACAAAUGUGGCAGAGAAGAGCGGUACCGUGUGCUCGUCGGAGAAAAUGACGCAGGCUGGUGAUGGCAGCAUAUGGCAGGUUAAUCUCCCCCAAACGAUCAAUAGCGGCGGCAGCACCAUCGCCAAUCCGUACGCCGAUUGCUCCGAACUCGGUAUACACGACGCGAUGACAUGUCAAGAGCUUUUAGCAUUUUCUGUGGCCUUUUCAGCGGCCCUACCCACCGGCCAGAGUACGUUGGAAUCGUUUUACACCUCAUUGGCGCGCUGUGAUCCACAUACCGCUGAGGCGCUCAAGAACCAACACAAUCGCCAGCAGUCGCAAUUAAUUAAACAGCAACAACAACAGUCAAAUUCAAAGGUGAUAAGCGAACGCAAGCGCUUGGACAACAACAGCAACGCGGGCAACAACACCGCCAACACAACAACCGGCAACUACAUCGAAGACUACUCAUGUUGCUAUGAUUUAUACCAGAAUGCGCUGUCACCGCUGGGCGAGAAGAAGCAGCACUCAAAGCCGAUCAAGAUUGUGAUCAGCAUUUAUCGCUGCCUGAUGCGCGUUUGCGGUGUGAUGCGUCGCUACAUAAAGCUGCUGGUGGAGCAUAAGUACUUUCAGCAAGGCAUACUGUUGGCCAUUCUCAUUAACACACUCUCCAUGGGUAUUGAGUACCAUAAGCAGCCCGACUAUUUGACCGCCAUUGUGGAGAAGAGUAAUAUCGUUUUCUCGGCGAUAUUCGCUGUGGAGAUGUUGCUUAAGGUAGUGGCGGAAGGUUCAUUUCGUUAUAUUGCGAAUGGUUUCAAUGUGUUCGACGGCAUUAUUGUGAUACUCAGCGUCAUUGAGAUUUUUCAACAAUUCCACAGUGGCAAUGGCAGUAGUGGUGGUGGCUCUGGCCUCUCCGUGCUGCGCACAUUCCGCCUACUGCGCAUACUCAAGCUGGUGCGAUUCAUGCCCAAUUUGCGGCGUCAAUUAUUCGUUAUGCUGCGCACAAUGGACAAUGUAGCGGUAUUCUUCUCACUGCUCGUACUCUUCAUUUUCAUAUUCAGCAUAUUGGGCAUGUAUCUAUUUGGCGGUAAGUUUUGUAAAUUUGUGGACGAUACUGGACUCGAACGUGAAUGUCUGUGUACCGAAAUAAUCAACAAACAUCCACAAUGUGAAUGUGAUCGCAAACACUUCAACAACAUUUUAUGGGCCACUGUUACAGUCUUUCAAAUUCUAACGCAGGAGGAUUGGAAUGUCGUACUAUUCAAUGGCAUGGAAAAGACAAGUCAUUGGGCCGCAUUAUAUUUUGUGGCGCUGAUGACAUUCGGCAAUUAUGUGCUAUUUAAUUUGUUGGUCGCCAUUUUAGUUGAGGGAUUCAGUUCAGAGCGAAAUGAACGUCGCGAACGUGAACAACGUGAGUUGGUGAAAAAAUUACGCGAAGAGACGUUGGCGGAGAAUUUCAGCGAUGCUAUGUACGAUGAAUCGCGUAGCAGUGAAGCCGACUCAACAUCGACUAAUGAAAGUUACUAUGAGGUACGAAAUCGGUGGCAUAGCGCCGAGGAUGUACGAAAACUACAAGAUGCAACCGAGUUGAUUUUGGAAACGAAAAGUAAUAUGCAAAAGCAACAACAUCAGCGUAUGCUACUACAGCCCACACAAGAUUAUCAAAUUAAUGAGAGUUAUUUGAGUGGUGUUGGUGGUGGAAGCAGUGGUUCGGGUAGCGGCAGUGGGCGUAAAUCCAGCGAUAAGGAUGGCAGUAGCAAAUUGUCGAUGGAGGAUGACAAGAAUAAGAAUUUAAAAAAGACAUAUUCUAUAAGAGAGCGUCGCGGCGAUGCACCACGACUUUCACGUAUACGCCCAUUGCGUGAACCGCCCAUAAUUACUACGACCGCCGCAACGCCACAAGACUCGCCCAACACCACACUGGACGGCGGCAUGAGCUUUCGCAGUUGGAAUCCGCAAGAAAUGGAGAACGCGGACGGUGGCGCUAGCAAUCAGUGCCCGGGUUCGCCGUCAUUACUCAGACCACCGACCAUCUUUAGCGGAGGUCAACGCUCACUCGACGAGGGCAUACCGUCAAUUGAUCUUAUACCACCAUCACCCGUAUUAACGCACAAACCGUUGAAUAUACUAAACGCCAGCCAACUACAAGGAAGCAAUACUAAUCUAAGCAACUGUAAUUUAGUGUCUAACAGUAGUAGUUUACUCCCUAGUGCCCUAAGUAGCAAUAAUAGUAUGCAUAGUGUUGUCAUAGAUGAUAUUUCGAAGAAUUCUGAUGCUAGCGCCUCGGGUCCGAUCUUUGUGCCAACAACAAUUUCGACUGUGUCCACACCCAGCAUGUCGCUACCGGCGGGUACAGGCACCGGCACCGGCGCAGGUUCCACAAAUGGCACUCCUGGCGGAUGUGGUGGCGGCAACGCAGUGAGCAGCAUCGAAAUAUCGCCACUGAAUGCCGCCGUUGUCGCUACCACAGGUGCUAUAUCCUUAACGUCGACAGCUACUACCGCAGCAGCAUUGGUAACGCCGUCGAAUGCCUCACAAGCCAGCAGCAUUGAAACGCCGCCCACACUGCCGUCUACCAACGCUUCAGCGACAAUCAGCACAUCGCUGUCCGGCAUGCAGCGUAUACCGAGCCUAAAGCGUUUCAGACGCAGCAGUUCGAAACGUAAGAAGAAGCCCGCCGAUGCCGGCAGUGGCGCCGAAGAUGACGAACAACAGCAGCUAAACAAUGGCAGUGACAACUCCUGUCUACUGGCUCCACAUAGCAAUGGAGGCGGCGGCGGCGCUAUGCGUUCGGAUGCGUUUCUCAGUCCGUCGCGUACGCCGACUGCCAGCGGCGCAACACUCACAGCCAACAAUCAGACGAAUCAGCAAAAGACGAAAGAUACAAAUCGACUAAGUCCACAAAACUCAAUACGUCGUCUCUCCACAACACUUAGUAUUGGCAGCAUACCGCCGUUGGGUAGCCGUCGUGCCUCUGCGUGCAUCUUUAACUCGCAACUCUAUCAAAACCUGAACCAACCGCCCAAAUUGUAUGCGCCCUCAGCUGCUCACCGGCGUAUGUCUUCAUUUGAGUUGGCUUUCAGCAAGAGUUCACAAUUGAAUUUACACAAUUUGGAAGCGAAUCGCAAGUCAAUGUCGUACACGAACUCCAAACUCGAUUUGGAUAAGUGGCAGAAUUCGUAUAUGAAUCUGCCGGAGCCGGAUAUGUUGCAACAAUACAUACAGGAGCGUGAGAAGCGUAAGGGUUCUAUUAGUCACUAUUCGCGACAGCAGCAGCCGCAGCAAAAGCAGCAAAAAGAAAACGAGCUUGAAGAUCCACAAUAUUUGAGCGCUGAACAGCAUUCGCGUAUGCAGAGCUCUGGUCAUAUGAGUAAGCUAAAAAUACUGAUCGAACGCUUAAAACCGACAAACCUCACCGAACAAAGAGAGUCAUACUCGCUGUACAUAUUCGCGGAAGACAAUAGGUUCCGUGAGCUGUGUACGUGGUUUGUUGAACAGAAAUGGUUCGACAAUGUUGUCCUGCUGUUUAUCGCACUCAAUUGUAUUACAUUGGCUAUGGAACGACCAAAUAUACCGCCAACGAGUCACGAACGUUUAUUCCUUGCCACAGCCAACAACGUGUUCACAGCCAUUUUUACAGUGGAAAUGCUCAUUAAGGUGGUAUCGACAGGCAUGUUUUAUGGACCCGAUGCAUACUUCACAUCCGGCUGGAAUAUUAUGGAUGGCUCAUUGGUUACAAUAUCAAUCAUUGAUUUAUUAAUGUCAUUGUUUAGCCAAUCGAGCUCUAAGAUAUUUGGGAUUUUAAGGGUGUUUCGACUACUUCGUUCCCUACGGCCGCUGCGUGUGAUCAACCGCGCCCCGGGUCUGAAAUUAGUCGUGCAAACGCUCUUAUCGUCCCUACGACCCAUCGGCAACAUCGUGCUGAUCUGCUGUACAUUUUUCAUCAUAUUCGGCAUUUUGGGCGUGCAACUCUUCAAGGGCACCUUCUACUACUGUGAGGGCGAGAAUAUUAAAACAGUACGCACAAAAAUGGACUGCUAUGAACAGGGGUAUGAGUGGAAGAAUCGCAAAUAUAACUUCGAUGAUCUUGGCAAUGCAUUGAUGUCAUUAUUCGUAUUGAGCUCACGUGACGGUUGGGUGAAUAUUAUGUAUACCGGUUUGGAUGCUGUGGGCGAGGAUAUGCAACCAAUUGUCAAUUACAAUGAAUGGCGUCUACUCUAUUUCAUUGCAUUUAUAUUGCUCGUCGGUUUCUUUGUGCUCAACAUGUUUGUCGGCGUGGUGGUUGAGAAUUUCCACCGUUGUCGCGAGGAGCAGGAAAAAGAGGAGAAAAUUCGACGCGCCGCUAAACGCGCUUUGCAAAUGGAGAAGAAACGCAAACGUAUGCACGAGCCACCAUACUAUAUAAACUAUUCACCGACACGCAUGUUCGUGCAUAAUGUUGUGACAUCGAAAUACUUCGAUUUGGCUAUAGCCGCUGUGAUCGGUCUUAACGUAGUCACCAUGGCGUUGGAGUAUUAUGGCAUGAAGGAGCCACUAAUCUAUGCGCUGAAGGUCUUCAACUAUUUCUUCACGGCAGUCUUCAUAUUGGAGGCGAGCAUGAAAGUGUUGGCGCUCGGUUGGCCGGUUUACCUGAAGGAUCGUUGGAAUCAACUCGACGUGGGAAUUGUUUUGUUAUCGGUAUCCGGCAUUAUUUUGGAGGAAUGGCAUACGCAGAAAAUUCCAAUUAAUCCGACGAUAAUACGCGUUAUGCGUGUACUGCGUAUUGCGCGUGUGCUGAAACUACUCAAAAUGGCUAAGGGUAUGCGUGCGCUGCUCGACACCGUGAUGCAGGCUUUGCCGCAAGUCGGCAAUUUGGGCCUGCUCUUCUUUUUGCUCUUCUUUAUUUUCGCCGCCCUUGGCGUGGAAUUGUUCGGUCGCUUAGAAUGCUCCGAACGUAAUCCAUGUCAGGGCUUAGGCGAACAUGCACAUUUCGCCAAUUUCGGGAUGGCUUUCCUCACAUUGUUUCGCGUAGCGACUGGCGACAACUGGAACGGGAUCAUGAAGGAUACACUGCGAGAGGACUGUGAUGAUGCGGAUGAUUGCGUGCGCGAUUGUUGCGUUAGCCGGGUCAUAGCUCCAAUAUUCUUUGUGAUAUUCGUUCUAAUGGCGCAGUUCGUAUUGGUGAAUGUCGUCGUGGCUGUACUGAUGAAACACCUCGAGGAGAGCCACAAACAGAUGGAAGACGAAAUGGACAUGGAAGUAGAGCUAGAGCGUGAACUUGUGCGCGAGCAGGAGUUUGAGAGCGAACAGAAGCUGUGCCAGCAGUUAGAACAGCAGACGCAACCGCCGCCACCAGCACGCCAGCUGAACAAGAUCAAAUCGUUGCCGAAGAACUUUACCUACAGCACGCCAUCGCUGGAUAAGAAAUUCCCAAGCGUGUUGAGCGGCAUUGCCAUCGGUGGUGGUGUUAGAGCCGCUGGCCUUGCUGGUCGCCGUCAAACCGUGCAAUACAUCAAUCAACCGAAUAGCAUUGGUUUGGCCGAACUGGGACGCGGCACACAAAUUGGCGCCGGUGUAGGUGCUGCUGUUGGCAGCAAUGUUGCGGCUGGUGGUAGCGGUGGUGUUGGCGCAAGUGGUGCACUACUCGCACCGCAAGCGCUCAAUGCGCGUCUUAACGCAUCAGCUGCAGAGAACAGCUUCGAUACAAAACUCCAACUUCAACCAACCGCCGGUGCACUGGGACGGCGUGGCCGUCGCAGUUCGACCGCGUUCCGUAGUAAACGCGGCCUGCUCGCCAAAGAGCGCUCUCUCGAUGAGCAGGCCAUACGCCGACGCACGCUCGAAUCGAAGCGUAUGAGUUGUGACUCACUGCCGUGGGGCGGCGAUAGCAACGAUUAUCGGCGUGGUACUAUUUUCGAAAGUCUCGAAUCGGAUGGCGGCGGUAGCCCCUCCUCAACGUACGAUGUGCGUAGCAUACGCAGCGAAGACGUAGCUGCGACAGCUAAGGCUACAGCACACGGCAGUGGCGCCCCCGAUGCGCUGAGCAUUGUGAGCGCCAGCGUGAUCAGUGAAAAGAUCACAACACCUAUAACAACACCGUUAUCAACAAAUGUGGCAACGGCAGCUUUGCCGAGCGUUGGCACAGCAGCCAACGCAGCGGGGCCACGUCGCGCCUAUGGACGUUCACUCUCCACCGACCAAGCAUAUGCGUCUAGUGUUGGCGGUUCGAGUAGCGGACGCGGCGGCUUACUGUCCGUGCCGCGUAGCAUGCCACCACGCAGCCGUAGUGGCAGCACAAAACAAUUAUUUAAGCAACAAGCACUCGACGAAGAUCCCGAUAUGGAUGAGAACACCCUACUAUUGCCUAUUGUGGUCGAGAGCAGCUGUGAUGGCAAUGCGACCAACAACAGCAAUGGCAUCACAACUGCCAACGGCAAUGGUAAUGGCAACAUGCCCAACACUAACGACAAACUUAACAAUAAUAGCUGUAGUGGCGCUAAUAAUCGCAUUGCCACCGCCAAUGGCAACGGCACUACAGCUGCGGUCGUGGAACAGCUUGCUUUAAGCAAAUCUGACUCGGCCGAUAUAAUGCGCAUCAUUUCGGAGCGCAGGCGCAUGGAUCAGCGUGACAAUAGCGGCAAUGAGGAUUCAGACUACAAAGAAUUGCUGUUGGUGAAGUCACCGCACUCCUCCACGGAUGGCUAAAUGGAAUUAAAUACUAUAAGCUAGAAGAUAGUGUGCUAGAUUAAGUUAAUAUUAAUAUCUUAACAAGUAUGCGCAAGAAUUGAAAUAUUUUAGUUGCAAAUUGUAUAUAGAAAUGUGUCUUCGAAGUCUAAAUUUGGUGCAUACAACAAGGGUUCAUUUCAAGAAAACUUUAUUUUUCAUGGAACUUAAACCUACGAACUCAAAACCAGUCGCAAAAACUUUGAAAUAUCUUAGUGGACUUUUUAAAACCUUCUCUGCCACAAAUAAAGACAAUUCGACCUAAUCUUUAACACAAAAAACUCAUGCUUUCUCAGCAUCACUAACUCGAACAACUCAAAAGCCAGCGGAAAGCGUGACCAGCCUAAUUUUUUUUACUACAGUUUCAAAUGUAACUGAAAAUGUUACAAAUUUCUCCUUUAAAACUUUUUUAAAUGUGCCACACUGAAAUAUGUAUUAAAAACCUACAAGCCCUUUUGAGAAAAAAAACAAUGAAUUUAGCAAAGUUCUGCACCAGUUAUAGCUUGUUUACACCAUGUUAUUCCCAAUAUUUCGCAUAAAAUCAUUACUUUAAACCUGAAAUACGCGCUUUUCACUUUCGAAAAAUAUUGAAAUUUCUUCGUUUCAGCCCUAACAACAUAGGAAAUGUAUACAAAAGGCAAAACAAAACAAAUUUGUUGAAUUCAACAAAAUUCACCACCAAUCAACAUUUGUUAUCAUUUAGCCGAGCACGAAACCGGCGCUUUAAUAGCUGACACACUUGAAAAAAUACUUCUGCUAUUAAACUAAAAUAAAUUUUUCGGUCAAGGCGAAAUUCGUGCGAUGAACAUAGCAUCAUAACCACUAUGAACUUUUCAGUUAACCCUUACUGCAUACAACUUUGUAGUUAUGAUAGUGGGCCGCUUGUGCCAACUUUUAGGGAAUUUUCUUACCUAUACCACUAACUGUAUAAAUGUUUAGCACUAAAUUCGAACAAUUUAUUUUCUGUUUUGAAUUUUUCAACGAAAAAUAGUAAAUGAAAAACUAAUAGGAUUAAAUGCAAAAUAAAAAAAAAAAAUAGUUUUAAGUAAAAUAUGCAAAAAAUAUGUAUGUAUGUACAUCAACUUUAGACUAGUGCAGUUGUAGACAUGCAAUUUCUGAAAAAUUAAAACAACAAAAACAAUUGUUACAUAUUACAGUUAUGUAAAUGCAACACUGUAAAAGUUGCAAAUUUGUCUCUAAAAAUCAUCAACUCUGUGAUUAGUUGUAAAAAAAUGUUGAUUAAAAAUCAUAGCUCAAAGAUGUUGAGAAGAAUUAGCAUAAUAUACGUAUGUAUGUAGCUACAAAUUACUUUUAAUUAAUUACAAUUGUUUGUAUAUAAACGAAACUAUUACAAUGCAGCCAAUCAUGGCAAAUAUAUUGGAAAAUUAUAUUAUUAUAUGAUUUUCAUUGAUAACAAAGAGGUAAAACGCUGAUUGGCGCAAAAGUUGGUAACAGUUGAGCGCAUAACCUUCCUAAACACAACUAGUGCUGCAGAUUGUGCAAAAAUUGCAUAUAUCGAUACAAAAAGUAUGUAAAAAUAUAGAAAAUUUAUGUUUAGCAAUUAAGUUUAGUUAGCAUUUAAAGGAAAAGUAGCGUUAAAAACUUAACAAAACUCUUGUAAAAACUUUUAAAACGCAGAGCUGACGGUUCAGAAAAGUCUUGUAAAAUCGUUCAGCCCACAGAGCUGGCGUGUAACUAUAAAAUUUAUUUAAACUUGUUUAAAUGAAGCAUUAUUUAGCAUUAAUUAUUGUGUAGUACUAAAAUCAUGUGCGGUUGUUGUCAACGAAACGCAUUGAAAUAUUGUUUUUUAAAUAAAUGCAAUAUUAGCGAUAAGUGAUAAACGAUUAACGAUUAAAAUAAAACGAUAUGUACCACACAACAGUUAUGAAAAAGUAAAUAAUAGGAAAAAAAGUAUGUACACUAUGAAAACUUUCCUAAAACAAAAAAUUCAAAUUAAAGAAUUUAAAUAAUAAAAUUAGUAAUUAAAUAAUAAAAAUUAAAACAAAAAAUAAUAAAUUUCAAUAACAAACAAAUUUUAAUUUAAUAAGAAAAAAAUUAAAAACAACAAAAUAUAUUAUAAAAAGAAAUGAAAACAGUUGUAGCGCAUUUCUUCUCCCUGAAACGUCUUCCUCAUCUUUAAACAAAUAUGAAAAAUUAAAAAUAUAUAUACAAAUGUAUUAGUGCAAGGUAGAGAAAAUACUAUUAAAAAUUUAGGAGCUGUAAAAAUGAAAUUGUUUAAAAAUUAGUGAAUUUGUGCAGCAUUUAGGCGUAAGUUGUAAUAAUAUUUGUAAAAUAGAACUUGUUAUGCGCCAAUAAAUGAAAAUUUAGUAAUAUUUCGUUGAAAAAAAAAUUAACAAAAAAUAUGUAUAUAAAGAUUUAGUAAUAUUUCGUUAAAACAUAAACGAAAAAAUAUAUGUAAACGGCAAUAGUAACAAAUAUAUUCUAUAAGAAAAUUCAUAUAAAAAAUCAUAGAAAAAGUUACACACAACACUCUACUGUUAAACGACAAAGAUUUUAAUAAACACAGAUUUUCAACAAAUGACAAUCCGA